UCGAUAGAAGAAAAAAAAACAUUUUCCCUUGCCUCGGUGACAAUAAGAAAAAAAUCUUACCCUUUGAGGAUUAAAAGAUAUUGAAUUUCUGCAAAGAUUGCAAAUUUGUGCAGAUUUAUCUCCCCGCACACGCCCCACGCAGAAGUGGUAGCGUCCCAAAAUGGAGCGGCGUGAUAACAAGAGCGCUCUGUUUGUGAAGAAUUUCCCCCCAAUUUUGGCGCCUUGUGAGAAAGUUGAAUUCCUGCAGAAUUUCGGGGCGAAGGAUGUGGCGAUUGUGGGUGCAAACUGUGCCAGGGCACAUUUUGGGUCGGAAGAGGAGGCAAAACGUGCACUCUUCAAGCUCCACCAGCUGGAUAUUCUCAAUCACAAACUCGUCGUAACGUACGCAAAGGAUUCCUUCUGGAGGGUUGAUCCCACAAUACCCUACCUGCCCAAUGCCAGGGAUUCACCGACAAUAUUGAAUAGUCUGCAGGAUAAUUCGGAGCGUCUUGAGGGUUUCGUAAAGAACCUCGUGGCUAUAAAUCACCAUCUAAACUUCACACAGCCACCAAGUGAUUAUCUCCACUAUGAUUACCCACCCCCAACACCGCAUAUUCUCCGUGCGAUUUCACUGCAACUACAAGCCGUCCCCAAGUUCUACACACAGGUGUGCCACAUUAUGAACCGUAUGAAUCUCGUGCCACCGUUCAGCGGGGUGGCAAAGCAGCACAAUACUCGGGAUGUGGGUGUCCAGACGACUUCCGUGGAGAAUGGAAUUAAUGGGAAAGGUGGUGGGAUUAAGCGCUCCCGCGGGAAGCUCGUGGCUUCCGAUGAGAGUGAACUUGAGUCAGAUCAUGAGGAUGACAGUGAGAAGAUUCUCAAACGUUUGGCUGACAAAAGGAAGCACGUGCCAUCGGAGGCGGAACACACCAAAAGAAUUCGUUCAAUUCUCGAUGCUGAGAAGCACAAGAGUCUCGUGAUGAAGUCCCUGGUGGCACCAAAAAUCGAGUCAGGGGCAUCUGCGGUACCACCAAAAGUGCCUCCUUUUGAACGGGCAAACGGACAAAUUGCGAUGCCGCGAAAAAUCACCCUCAAUGUCCCACCGAAUAUGGGAAAUCCCUUCAUGAAGAAUCCCAAUGUGAAGGAACCACCCGUGCUGAUGCCACCGCCACCAGCACCUGAUUCAUCCAGCAGUAGUGGUUCAUCAUCAUCGUCGUCCAGUAGCUCAACUGCCUCCUCCUUGACCCUCACUGGGUGCUUCCUCACUGAUAAGCAACUCGCAGAGAAGCGCAUCCCGCGAGAGAAGCUCAAAGAGAUGCCCGUAUUCAGCGAGUACACACCCGGGUUCCCAUCGAAUCAGCUCUACGUGAAGAAUAUCGACAAGGAAGUCACGCGUGAUGAUCUCUGGUACGUCUUCGGACGGUACUCAAAGCACAAGAAUGACAUCCAGAUUGACUGCAAAUUCCAAGGAAAAUUCCGUGGGCAGGCAUGGAUAAAGUUCAACAAUGAGACAGGUGUGAAAGUUGGCGAGCGUCAGGUUGAUCGAGCUCUACGUGAGAUUCAUGGAUUCAUCCUCAAAAAUAAACCACUGCACGUUAGCUAUGCAAAAUCUGUGUACUCUGGAAGUUCCACCAAGUCCCAAUAAUUUCCCACCGACAUUUCCCUUUUCCUCACCACGCCAAAUUUUUUUUUUACUCACCAAUAAAUGAAGUUCAAAAGUUUAAUGUAGGUUUAAGAGAAAAGAAUUACAAUGAAGUUCCUUUUU